UCAGACCAUUCCAUUCCCUCCAAGAAAUCAACCUAGGGAGAGUGGAAGUUGUUGCAUCGAGGCGCUCCAAGAUGGCGGACACCGGCGGUGCCCCGCCGAUCACCGUGAAGCUCCUGGUGGACACGAGGCCGCCGCGGCCGCGCGUGGUGUUCGCGGAGGCCGGCAAGGACGCCGUCGACUUCCUCUUCUCCCUCCUCACCCUGCCGGCCGGCACGGCCGUGAGGCUGCUGGGGAAGGAGUCCAUGUCCAUGGUGGGUAGCGUCGGCAACCUCUACGCCAGCGUGGAGCGGCUCGAGGGCAGCUACCUGCGGCCCGGCUUCGCCAAGGACGCGCUCAUCCGCCCCGCCACGCAGGCCAGCCCGCUCCUCCGCCUGCCCGCGCCGCCGGCCCCGGCCCCGAGGAGCUUCUUCACCUGCGGCGCCAUCAACCACUUCAACUACCAAGGCUGCCGCGGGUACGUGUCCGACGCCAGGGGCGCCCGGUGCCCGGCCUGCGGGAACGAGAUGGCGACCGUGUCCCAGUACGUGCCGCCGCCGCCGGCCAAGCCGGAGGAGAGCGCAGACGCGGCGACGACGGGGUUCGUGCAGGGGGCCGUGACGUACACGGUGACGGACGACCUGGCCGUCGCGCCCAUGUCGGCCAUCUCCAGCAUCGCGCGGCUCGGCGCCGUCGCCGCCGUCGGGGGCCUCGGCGCGCUCCAGGAGAGGACCGUGGAGCUCGGGUACAAGGAGGGCCUGGAGAUCCUCAAGGCCUCGCUGCGGUCCAAGACUGUCCUCACAGACGUCUUCCUCGGCACCGGCGGCAAGAAGCCUCCUCCGUCGUCCAAGAACAACGGCAACGGCGGCACAAGAUACGAGUGUCUCACCUGGCGUGUUUGACGUGCGUGCAGCUUCAUAUAUGGUACUAGUACAAUCUUGCAGCGAAUAGGCCAGUGGAAGAUUGUAAAGACGGAGGGCAACAACAAAAUGGAACAAAGUUAUUAGAGGCAUACUCAUCAGGGUAUAUGCCCCAAAAUGAGUGGUAGUCUAGCAAUAAUGCUUGAUAUAUAUAUCCAGCUUGAAAUUUCUAAAAUGUUUUAAAUAGUAGUCCGAAUGGUAUGUACUGAAAUUCAUGGCAUGGUGUGAAAAUAGUUUAAAAGUA